AUGCCCGAGCUCCUCCUCCAAUCCGCCCUUGCCGCCUCCAGAUCUAAAGAUUUCGCCGUCCGAGCGGCCCAGAUCAAAUCCGACUGUCACGGCCAGCAUGGUGAUCAUGAAUCUCUAGUCUCGUGUGCACCAUGCUACGAACUCCUCCUUGAUGCUCUCCGGGCACGUUAUUUCGGCUCCUCGUCAAGUACCAGUGAUACAGGAGCAGCCCCAGACCCAACACAAGAGUGGUUCGCCUCCCGGCCCGGCUUUCUGUCAGCGUUGAAGCCUCUGAUCGAUUCUGCCAAGGAAUAUCAGAUCGCUCCAAAAGCUAUCGACGACCAUGUCCAAGAGGAGCGGGGUCGAUGGUAUGCUGAGCGGGUGCGCUCGUCCUUGCUGAGGUUAAUGGUGGAGGACCCACACGGACGUGGGACGGUGUUUGAGAAGCUACAGGACCUUUCCACUGCGACGGCGGGCGGUGAUCCAGUGGCAUUGGCCAGAGAGGUGGCCGAUAUCCUCAGGAAGGGGCCGUUGGCACCUGAGUCGGGCGAAGAUAGCCAUCUACCGGAAAGGGUAGCUGCCGCAAGCGAUGUGGCGGCAGAGACAGAGGUGUGGAGGGAUGCGUUCUUCAAGACUAAGGAUGGCACUGUGCCCGAGGACCACCAGAAGUACGUCAACAUGCUGCUGUAUCACCGACUGUCUAUGGAACAGGUAGUGGAUCGGAUCCUGGAUGAGCGACAGACGGCCAUGGGCGCGCGGGAACAGACGGACAAGCUUAACCAGCGCCUCGAUGAGCUCCGCCGGGCCAGAGCCGCACACGAGGCGCAAAAGACGAGGAAAGCGCAGCGGCGGGAAAGCCUCGCCCAACAAAAAGUACCAGGGGAGCUGUACGAUCUCCCCCGCUGCGCCGCCUGCGGGGAAGAACCACGAACAGAAGACUACUUCACCUGCAGCAUAUGCACUAUACUCGCCGAGGCGGGAGCCGUGCCAAAACAGACCGUAUUCUGCUCCGAGAGAUGCGAACAGCAAGGCCAUCUCUCUCACGCAGAAACACACACCUGUGCCUCCGCCCUUGACUGCCUCCAACUCCAUGCAACCACCACCACCGCCACCCACCAAAAAGCCCAAGAAGAAAAAGAAGAAGACACCCCCAUGGCCGACGCGCCCCCGCCUCCGGCGGAACUACGCUUCUGCACCGAGUGCCUGACUACCCUAAAACAACCGACAGCCUGGUGCUCCCUGGCCUGCGCAGACGCCAAUUUCCAAGCGCACCGGGAGGCGGUGCACCUGCCAGAACGGGCACGGCUGGGGUUGGGUAGGGAGGCGGGGGCCGAUGACGAGGCGCAGCUGGAGUAUUUUACACCGUCUCCUUCGUCUUCUUUCCGGGGUGACGAUGAUGAGGAAGGGAAGCGGUACUACCGCGCGAGGGAUAUCGCAGCGCUUACGACGGGAUUGGGGGAGGCAGUUAGGGAGUGGGAGGAGCGGAAUAGAGUUAAGUUGGAGCGGGCUUGA